AUGGCGCGCCGCCGACUGGCUCCGGAGCAACCGAUGCCGUGGACCGAUCGGCAAGCCCUACAUCACUUCGUUCGACUGCCAGUUGAGACGGGUAUGAUCCAGUAUUUGGCCCAACAAGUGCCGGCGGAGGCCCAAUGCGUAGGUCUCCAACAAUCCCGGCCGGGCGAAACUUUACCCCCACCCGCACUUGAUCGAUUCAUCCACUCGCUAUAUCGGGCAGCUGUGGUAGGCGUGGGUACGCUCAUGGCUUCGUUGGUUUACCUCGCCCGGAUACGGAAAGCUCUCCAGCACACCGCAGAGGGAGGUCCUUUAUCCCCACACGGAAUUUUCCUCGGCUCGCUGAUACUGGCGGCUAAAGUGUUGAAUGACUGUAGCCCGGGAAAUCAGUGUUGGGCCCAGUAUUCGUCAAUGCGAGAAGAAGACUCUGAGGUUUUCGGCUUCAGAUUAUUAGAUGUUAACCGAAUCGAACGCGAUUUGUUAGUCUUACUUGACUUCGACGUCCUUAUCACCGAGGUCGACCUCUUUCACCAUUUCGAACCCUUCCUACUCCCUAUACGGACCAAGAUGGAGGCUGCACUAGGGGCUAUACAGGUCACCAGCGGGCUGAAACGGAAGAGGAUUGAAAUCGAAGUUGAAGACAAGAGAAAAACGCCCAAGCGAAGAACAAAAGCUAAGGUAAAAAGCGUGUCGCAUGCGUAG